UUUUGAAUUAGUAGAGCUGAGCGUUGUCAGACAUUGGAAUGAAAUUUCUCGGCAUACUCAGAUGUCACAGAACGACCUGUUGGAAUUAGUAAGGUUCAUCUUCGACAACACCUAUUUCACAUAUCAAGGAAGAUAUUACAGGCAGACCUUAGGUGCUCCAAUGGGAGAGGGAUCACUUGCUACAGUUCUGGAACAUUUUAACAGUUAUAACACCCACCUACAAUUCACGGCAGAAGAAGAGGUUGACAACUCCAUACCUUUUUUAGACAUCAGGGUGAUAAGAAUGGGAGAAGUGUUGAGGACUGAUUGGUAUAACAAGCCUAGUAGCUCUGGCAGAUAUUUGCAUUAUAGAUCUUGCCAUCCUCAAAAUAUGAAGCUAAAUCUAGUCACACAGAUGAAAACUAGAGUCUUAAGGUUGACACAUCCAACUUUUCAUAGUCAAUGUAUUGUCAAACUGAAAAAGCUAUUUGUAAUGAAUGGAUACCCGAUAAAAUUACUCAAUAAGUUACUUUGCAAUACAUCAUCUUCACCCCCAGUCGAAGUAACCAUGUGUUGA